CCAGAAAGCAACUAGUCAUCCCACAACACUAUAAGUUCGACUCCUUACCGAGCUUAUCGUCUCACAUUCUUCUCUUCUCUGGUAGUCUCGAGGAAGAUCAAACUUCGAACACCAGUAAUAGACUCGUCGCUUCUAUUGAUUCAGGUUGCAAUGGCGACUACUCGUGCCCUCGUCGUGGCACUCAUUCUCAUGGGAAUCCUUGCAUUCUCGCACGUCAGCGAAGCUGCUUCUAAGAAGAACUGCGGAAAGGAUCCCCUCGGUGCUCUGAAGCCCUGCUUGAAAGCCGUGAUUGGGUCGAAACCUCCAGCACCAGACGCUGCAUGCUGCAAGGUUGUGAAGAAGGCAAACCUCGACUGCCUGUGCGACGCAUUUACAUCGGCCAAGCCUCCACCGGGAUUUAAGCCCAACAUUUCUGCAGCUCUUGCUCUUCCCAAGAAGUGCAAGCGAAGCAUCCCCAAAAACUACAAAUGCAAAGGCAUCAGCUUCAAGUGAUGAUCAGUAGAUAGAAUGCGAAUUCGUCCUGGUCUUCAACCGUAAGCAAGACGAGUACUGGCCUACGCGAGUGGAGUUUAUAGCGAGCUAAUAUUCCUUAGGACAGUUUUCAGGCGUUGUGCAACUAUUAUGCCAUGCAGUAAAUGCGAAUAUAUGGAUCAGACCAGCUGGGGCAUUGUUCUUGAUUACCCUUGAAAUUUUGAUGUCGAAACUUCUGUCCCACAUAAUCUGUAUGCUU